AUGAGUCUUAAAGAGCUUAGCCAGUAUGCGCCAGAAAUACUUGAGCUCUUGACAACUGGUGUGCCAAAGAGAAUUGGGCAAAGUAAAAGCCAAGUAUCUCCCAAAGAAGAAGGGGAUGGGUCAGAGGCUGGAGAAGUGAAUAUAUGUCAAAUUUCUGAUAGUGCUUAUUCUGAGGAAACUAUUAAAGAAAUGGCUCAUCAUAUUGUUCGAUCACUGGAAAAGGAUGAAGAGCGGGCUAAGCAAUUACUUAUAUGGAUUCAAAAUGCGAUUUCUUCUGAAGAGUUAAGAGACCCUGAAAAGCCUGGAUCUACAUACUUAAAUGCAUUUCUGAAGAAAGAUAAAUUUAUUCUUAAGCCUUAUGACUUGCUACUUCCUAGCUCUUUGCGCAAAUUGGGAUCAGUAUUUGCUGGCAUAACGCAUAUACCUAAGAAUCCGUCAAAAUUUAACACUUAUGCUAGGGAAGCCCUUCAACAUUUACCUGACAACCAUGUUUCUCCAUCUGAUAUGAUCAAACAAAUCCAUUCAACAUCUUUGAUAAAAACUAAUCACAUAUAA